AUGAAGGUGAGGGGAAAGGUGAAGGAUGAAGAUGUGGCGUUGAUUGAUCAAAAUGAUGUCCGAGAACGGAGAAUUAACAUUUUUUUUCCCCUGAAGCCGCAGGACGUUGAAGUUGAAAUGAAGUUUCUAGGUUGGUAUGUGAAGAUUGGGACAGUUUCGGCUUUGAUUGGAGCUUCCAUGGAAUUGUUCAUGAUUAAAACGGGCUUCUAUGAUAAAGUAACAGUUAUAGAAUCAGAGAGGCUGGCUUGGGAAAACUCGCCUGAGGCUCAAGCAAUUAGAGAAGCCCUCAAUCCUUGGAGGAACGGCGAUGCUGCUGCCGAGGCCAGGCAAGACAACUAAUGCUUCAACUGCUAAACUGGAGUAGCUGAGAUUUGCAAGGUAGAGAAAAAUGAUUACGGGGGAAUCAGAUUGAGCGAUAAGCAAGCACAGGUUUUAAAGUUUCAACUAAUAAGCUAGUUUCUUUAUGACAUUGGAAGUUUACUUAUGAUUGUUUCCAUUUUAAAAUUGAAUGAUAUCACCGAGCUGAAGGUAUGAUAAUUCAAUUCAUUAGCAA